GCGGACACGGAGGAGCUCCGAUUUCAUCGGAUUGGAGCUGAUUGCGGCUGGUGCAAGCGAAGGAGCCAGGAAGCUUGGACGGAGAAAACUGGCUGGAGAAAGCGGACGUAUUGCAGGUCCUGCAUGGAGCACUACUACGGUGGAGCGGUCUCGAAGCCAGCAGACACGCCAAAGUACCUUGACAAGGAGAUCUACCAACUGCGGAUCCGCCACACGGUGCGCCCAUUCUUGCUGUACGCUAGCGAGCGGGGUCUGCGACAUCGCGCACAAACUGAAGGCCAUCCAUUGGGCGCCCAUGCGCGUGUGAAAGGUCUUGGACUGGGAGCCUGGUGGAUCGAUCCUGUGCAGGAGCCUUUGAUGUACAGGGUCUAUGAGAGGAUCCUCAGUGAGGAGCACCUUGAGGGCAUUGAUGUGUUGGACUUCUCCUUCUUCCCGAGCGCCGUUCCGGACUCUGUGGUUUCUGCGGGUGCGGCACGUGGCAUUCAGGUGAUUGCCACGCAGACUGGCUUUGCAGAGCCUGUGCAGGGCCGGCUCUUGGUGGCCAUGUAUGCCUGGGAUGGGAAUGCACAUCCGGGCAAUGAGUGGUGGGCGGAGAGUGGCGGUCGGAAUUAUCUGGGUAUGACAGACGACUCAGCCGCUGCCAGUUGCUCUCUCAUCACCUCUCUCCAGCACCCUGACAUCAACAGAGAGCGGCUUUGCGCUGCCGCCGCCUCCUUUUACUGA